UUCUGAUAAUGUUGAUUAAUGAGUUGUUUUAGUGAUACAUGAAAGUGCUCUAAUUAUAUUAAAAAUAAAAGUAGGUUCAAGACAAAAGUACUGCAUCAAAUUGCAUUCAAAAAAUUGACAUAAUAACGAUUGCUUUCGUAAAGCUAACGGAUUGGCACCUUGUAAAAACAAAGCUCUUUAGUUAAUUGAACAAGUGCGUUGACCUCGCCGCGUAAAUGAGAGGCAAGCGAAUCAUAAAAACUGUCCGAGUUGAUAAUACAGACGCUUUUUGUAAAUAUAUAGUAAAUGGUAAACAGUAAUACGAAGAUUAGAGUGUGUAUGUUUUCAUUUCGUAUAAGUCAACUGCGUGACCGAAAUUAAGCUCUUUGAUUAUAAACCAGUGCGAAAUGUAGCGAGUAGUCGCAUAAAACGGUUAAAAUACAUUUAUAUAAAUAGUAUGUUUUAAGAACUCGUUUACUACUACUACUACUACUCUUUUUUGGUAAAGUGGUUUGAACUGUAAUUCUAAGCGCUGUACAUAGUACAUAAUAUUAAUUUUUAAGCUAAGCAAGUAAGUGAAGAUAAUUUUAAGUUGAUUAUAAUCUAAGUAUACAUAUGUGUGUGUGUAAAUGUGUGUGGGUGUAUCUGUGUACCUGUGCGCGUGCGUUUGUAGAUAUAUACGUACAUACAUAUAUAUUAAUACAUGCACACGCACACACACAUGCAUACAUGGACAAACACACGCGCUGCGCGCGCUUAUAUAUAUACAUAUACAUAUAUACAAAAUAUAGUAGCUAGCAUUUAGGAACCACGAACUGACUAGGGAACCCCCGCCCAAGACUACGUUCUCUUAUAAAUGAAUAAAUAAUAAUUAAACCGAUUGAUUAUUAAUUAACAAAUGUGGAUUUUAUUUAAUUUAAUGACACAUGCAGACUUUUUUUAUAUAGCUUGAUUUUAUAUUUCUAUGCAAAUGUGGUUUUCAAGAGUGGACAAUAAUUGUGACUGUGAAAAAUCCAGGAUGAAGGUAGCGUAGAUGAAAAGUGUCACUGUCAUUUAACACGAUGAUGCUAAAUACCUGCAGAGUGUACCAAAUAUAAUAUCUUAAUUGUGCUGCUACUCAUGUCACAUUUCUUUAACUCGGGGUCUCCCCUUGGUAGCGAUUUUCUUCGAAUCUUCUUUGAAUUCAGGGUUUCCCUAUUGGAAUCUAUUUUCUCAAACAUUUCAAUUGCUGUAAAUAUAGGGAAUAGCAUAUACAAAAUACUUAGCGGUCGUGUAUCGUUAAUAGUUAAUUUAUAUUUUUGAGAUUAACAUGACUCCCAUACUAGGCAAGAUUUACCAUGGUUUUAGUUAAUCCAACUUCAUCUGUCGGACAACAUGACAAUUCAUUGGUCACAUUACUUAACUGGAAUGAUUAUUAUCCUAAAAGAAAAGCACUUAUCGUAUCUUAGCAAAUGAAACAGUUCACGAAUUAAUCCACAGCAACUGAGAUAUUCCGGAAAGUGGAAACUGAACAUGGGAUCCCUUGCAGAUGGUAAUACGAAUAUAAUUCGUAUUAAUGAUUUUACCCAUUGUUACAACUCAUAACAUUUUACACCACAGAAAGCAUGAUAUCUUGUUGUUCUCUGUGGUCUCUUGUGCAUUUUAACUUUUUCUUAAAUUUAAAUAUACAUAUACAAUACAUCACGAACAUUGAGGAUUUCAACAUUUUUUAAUCUCUUCAAAUAAUUACAUUACAAUUUUAGUGUGCUUCGGCAUAGCUAAAUUUCGGUGAUAUUGAUCUUUAGAAGUUGCGACAUCAGGGUACUUAUCGAAAAACGAAUACAAUUUUACAAAAACUAAUAUAUUUCUUUUCAUAUAUUGUUUUCUUACAAUUAAAUAGAAAUUUCCCAGCUUAUACCGAAUGUCUGAUGCUGUCUUUUUUCGGCACUAUAAAUUCGUAAUGAAAAAAUCAACUGUUUACUGAUCUCACACGGAAUUCAGUUAAAACGUUGAUUUUCCAGAAUACGUUUGAGUGGAGUGAUGUGAGUAUGACCUACUUUGACUUCACGUAACUCGAAUAUAACUUGAGAAAUUUAUCAGCAUGAUCAAGGGGAUCUGGCAGCGAGCAACAAAUAAUCACUGAUGCAGAGAUCAGUGCAAAUAGUAUAACUCUACUGCUCCUAUAACUGAUUGAGAACAAAAAUUUUAGGAUAGACAACGUUGUAAUGUACUGUAACAUGUGUACCUAUGUGAUUGUAACGUGGCGUGUGAUCGACAGAUCCAUCUUCCAUGCCAAGGAGGCUGUAUAGGGCUGAUGCCAAGGCACUCAUCCUCUCUUGAACAUUGUAUCAUAAGUAUACAAAACGCGAAGCUGCUAAAACUACAACACUACCUAUAACAUUAUUAUUAAUUAAAUUAAAAAAUUUAUUAUGAUUAAUAGCGAACGAGCGGAUACCACGCCUACAGUAAAAUACAGGUGUAAUAUACACGAUAAUAUUAUUAUCAAAACAAUUCAAUGUAAAUUGUUAUUUUUGUUGAAAUAAAAAUCACCUCCGUUAUGAGAGGGCCAAGUAA